CCACCCUCAUCCUUCCCUCUCUUGCCGGUCGUGAGCCCGCUGCCGGUCCGUGUGCGAUCCGCCCCGCACCGCUUCAUGCAUGACUGGAGGAAGAUUUGACUUCGACGAUGGCGGGAGUUACUGCGGCGGAUGGGAGGACGGGAAAGCCCACGGCCACGGCAUCUGCACCGGGCCGAAGGGCCAGGGCGAGUACAGCGGCUCCUGGGCUCACGGCUUCGAGGUGGUGGGAGUCUACACCUGGCCCAGCGGCAACACCUACCAGGGCUACUGGACCCAGGGCAAGAGGCACGGACUCGGGGUAGAGACCAAGGGCCGCUGGUGUUACCGCGGCGAGUGGACACACGGCUUCAAGGGCAGGUACGGGCUCCGCCAGAGCCUGAGCAGCCCGGCCAGGUAUGAAGGCACAUGGAGCAACGGGCUGCAGGACGGCUACGGUGUGGAGACCUACGGGGACGGCGGAACGUACCAGGGACAGUGGGCUGGAGGAAUGCGUCAUGGAUAUGGUGUACGCCAGAGUGUACCAUUUGGUAUGGCCACAGUCAUCCGCUCACCUCUCCGCACUUCUCUAGCAUCGCUCCGAAGUGAACAGAGCAAUGGCACAAUUCUACAUGACAUAUCUGCAGAUAGUCCAGCUGGCACGAGAGGUGGCUUCGUCCUCACGUUUCACAGCGACACAGAAUUAAUGACUGGGAAGAAGAAAGGCUUUUUCAGAAGAGGAUCGCUUCUGGGAAAUCUGAAGCUCAAAAGAUCCGAGUCCAAGUCAUCUCUGGCUAGCAAACGUAGCUCUGCUCGGAGUGAGGCAUCAAUGAGUAGAAUAAGUUCAGCAAAUAGUGAUGCCAAUUCAACAAUCAGUUUUGGUGAAGGUGAUUCUGAAUAUUUGCUAGUGGAAGACCAUGUUGAUGCUACCACAACGGAAUCCUACAUGGGGGAAUGGAAAAAUGAUAAACGCAGUGGGUUUGGUGUAAGUGAGCGCUCAAAUGGUAUGAAAUACGAAGGGGAGUGGUUGAAUAAUCAAAGGAAUGGUUAUGGAUGUACCACCUUUCCAGAUGGCACAAAGGAAGAAGGAAAAUAUAAAAAUAACAUUUUGAUCCGAGGGAAGAAAAAGCACCUUAUACCCAUCAGAACCAGCAAAAUUCAAGAAAAAGUGGGGAGGGCAACAGAAGGAGCACAUCGAGCAGCAGCAAUUGCCAGGACGAAAGUAGACAUAGCAGCUUCAAGAACUGCACACGCACGGGCCAAAGCUGAUGCAGCAGAUGGAGCCGCGCAAGCUGCACGCCAGGAAUCGGACAUCGCAAGGGGAGUUGCCAGGGAACUGUCGCCAACCUUCUGCCAGCCAGGUGCUGCCAGACCUGCUGAGCUUUUCCAGCAACUUUGUUUUUGUGCCACCGAAACUGAUGUCUUUUGUACCUCAAACUCUAGACUAGAAUACAUUAAGCAGAGGAUGCAGGAGGCAAUGGGAUACACUGAGAAGAAGGAAGAGCCUCCACCUCCACAAGAGAAGAAAUCUUCUUCAGCAAAUAACAACAGUCCCCAUUUCUACAGGAAAGGUACAACUCCACCACAUACUCCUGGACACAGUCCUGGCCCGACCCCACCUCCAUCACCACCAAUAUACAAGGAGACUCAAAAUACCACCUGGAAUAAAGGCUCUUCCAGCAGUGUUAACAAGGAUGCCCUGGGAGCGUCAGGGAAUAGAUCAUUGUCAAAAGGCAGCACCAAGAUGGCUACAAAGCAGGGGAACGAGUGGAAGCAGCCCAAGUCAGCGGUUUACCCUGUCACAACUGCUGGCAACGGACAGUUACAUAGUGCUUACCAUAGUUACUUUGUGCGCACAGAUGUAAAGCUGCCACCAGAAGAGCCAGAGGAACAGUCUAACCCUUCACCCAUGGCGCUCGGACGGUUACCACCACCGCCAAAGCUAAUGCCUAUAAAGUCACCUGUCAAGGAAAUUAAACCUGAGCCAAAAUUGAAGAAACAGUUUUCUGUUGUUUUGCCCGAACCAAAGAAACUAUCAAAAUCUCAAUCACGUGACAUCAAUGUGGAAGAAGUAGAAGAAAUUGUGGAGUCGAGUCCAAAUACCAUCUUGGUUAUCCUGGUUAUGCUGUUGAAUAUUGGUUUAGCUAUUCUUUUUGUCCAUUUUCUGACUUGACAAGAAUUUGCCAAGUGAAGUCAUGAAAACUAAGGGUAUUAGCCCACAAUUCUCUCCAGUUGUGCCAUCAGCCUUAUUAUUGACACCAGACCUGCUGAGAUACAGGGAAAGAGUCUUGGAAUUGGAGUGGGACUCAGGAAAGAUGAGACAUGGAAAUUAAGUCAGGGGCUGAUGUGGGCCCCAGUGAUGAUUUGCGGCUCUGGAUCCUCUGAAAACUGAAGCAAGUGGCCACGUCGUUGGAAAAAAUCUGCUGAACCAGCCUAACCACUGAAGUGCAUGGCUGCUCCAUCUGUUCUAGUGGAGUGUGACUUAACUGGAAAUGUACAGACUGCACUUUUGUUGAUGGACAUUAACAGCUGCCUUACUUUAUUACUGCCCCAACGUUUAGUUGGGAGAAGGGAACCGCUGCCAGAGGAAUGUGGUCGGACGAUUCUGUGCGGUGGAUGCAAUUUCCAGUUGUCUCUCUUAACGCAUUAGACAUACAUUAGCAGCAUCACUCAACCAGUCUUAUUCCAUUACUGGCUGCUCCUAACAUCAUGUACAAUGUUCUGAGAGAUCAUUUUGAAAAUGUUCGCACACUUUAUGCAUGAAAACUAUGAUUUUUUUUGUCACAGAUUAAACUUUUCUGUCCAACAUUUAGAGCAUUUAUUUAGAUCAAUCCGAGUUGAUUUCCUUUGAUUUCAGUGAUCAAACUAGGAGCCUACAUUCAGUUUAUGUGAUUACUGAAAUGCUGGUGAUCAGUAACCCAAAUUAUCAUAUAUGUCAACACUGAGAAACCACCAGUUAGUGAAGGAAUUUGUUUGCAUGUAGAUUUUUUUUUCCAAAGUGAAGUAAAUCUUAUUGUGUUGAAUACAUUCAGGUAGAGCAUUGUAAUUUUAAUGUUAACAGAACUGAUGCCUUUAUAAGUCUUCAGAAAUUAUAAUGUUUACCUCAAACAUAUAUUUUUUUUCUGGAAUGCUGGUUGAAUCUUUGUGUCUUAAUCAUUUUAAGUGACACUAAUUAAUGUAGUUAAGGAUUAUUUCUGUACCAUUACCUUGUAUCACUUUUCAUGUUCUUGUGUUGGCAUGUUUAUUUCAAAGGGUUGAGUAUUUGGUGUGGUUAAUUUUAGACGAAAACACUAGAUUUAUUUUAAUCAUAAAACAUGCAAGGGCUGAAUAACUUAAAAAUAACUUAUAUAUAUGUGUUGAAGAACGAUUUCAUAUUCCACAAAUACUGAAUUUAAAUGUAAAUUGUAUGUUAGUUUGCAUGGUUUUAUUGCAAAACAUUGUCAUUAAUACCCAAAUUAAAUUAACAACAUGAAGCUGGCGGUUUGUGGAGUGUAUAAAUCCUACAUAAUUUAUUAUCUGAAAUCAGCCUGAUUUCAGGACAGUAAUAGAUGGUGUUUUUUUGCAGACGCAUUAUCAGAAUCCUUUGUAUGACCAGUACGAAGUGUGAAGGAGAAAGUUCAAACAGAUGAAAUAAAAAGAAUGAAAGGCAAAUUGUUGCCAAUGUACAGCAAAUCUGACUAUGAUUUAAUUGGAAAUUAACACAAUAUGUCUUUGGGUCAGUGCAAAUGUAAUAAAAGCUUAUGUAAACCUUUUUGUCUGGCACAAAAAUCAAGAGUAGUUGGGAAUGUUUUUUUUGACAUGAAGUCCAUUUUAGUAAUUUAAUUUAAGAAAAGGAUUUUCUUAUAUAUUGAAAUCAUGAGCUUUUCUAAGAAGCAUGAGCCAGAAACUGUUGGGGUUUUUCUAAAUGUACACAACUCUAUUUUAGCAUGAACCCUUUUCUUCUUUUUUAAAUAAAUGACAUGCUAUAUACUGCUUUAUAUUUAUCUAAUGAUGCUUCAAGUGGAUAACACUUGACAGUUGUCAAUAAAUUGUUAUAUAUUCUAAUAAUUUGUCUU